GCAGAAUCCAACAAUGUCUCACCCAUCUUGGCUGCCACCCAAAAGCACUGGUGAGCCCCUUGGCCAUGUGCCUGCACGGAUGGAAACCACCCAUUCCUUUGGGACGCCCAGCAUUUCAGUGUCUACACAGCAGCCACCCAAAAAGUUUGCACCAGUGGUUGCUCCAAAACCCAAGUACAACCCAUACAAGCAACCUGGAGGUGAAGGUGAUUUUCUUCCACCCCCACCUCCACCUCUAGAAGAUCCUGGUGCCCUUCCAUCUGGCUCUGGAAACUUUCCGCCUCCACCACCACUUGACGAAGGUGCUUUCAAAGUGCAGGGAAAUCCUGGAGGCAAGACCCUUGAGGAAAGACGGUCCAGCCUGGAUGCCGAGAUUGACUCCCUGACCAGUAUCUUGGCCGACCUUGAGUGCAGCUCCCCCUACAAGCCUCGGCCUCCACAGGUCUCUACUAGUUCAACAGCUGCUCCUUCAGUUUCUACCCCAGUCACAGGACACAAGAGAAUGGUCAUCCCAAACCAACCUCCUCUAACAGCAACCAAAAAGUCUACAUUGAAACCACAGUCUGCACCCCAGGCUGGACCCAUCCCCAUGACUCCAAUUGGAACACUCAAACCCCAGCCUCAGCCAGUCCCAGCCUCCUACACCACAGCAUCCACCUCUUCAAGGCCUACCUUCAAUGUGCAAGUGAAGUCAGCCCAGCCUAGCCCUCAUUACAUGGCUGCCCCUUCAUCAGGACAAAUGUAUGGCUCAGGUCCUCAGGGCUAUAACACUCAGCCAGUUCCUAUCUCUGGGCAGUGUCCACCUCCUUCAACCCGGGGAGGCACAGAUUAUGCAUAUAUUCCUCCACCAGGACUUCAACCUGAGCCUGGGUAUGGAUAUGCCCCCAACCAAGGACGCUAUUAUGAUGCCUAUUAUGCAGCAGGGCCUACCUAUGGGGGCAGAAACGACUCUGAUCCUGCCUAUGGUCAGCACGGUCAUCCAAAUACAUGGAAAAGGGAACCAGGGUACACUCCUCCUCUCGCAGGGAACCAAAACCCUCCAGGGAUGUACCCAGUCACUGGUCCCAAGAAGACCUACAUCACGGAUCCUGUUUCAGCCCCCUGUGCACAGCCACUGCAGCCAAAGGGUGGACACACAGGGUCAUUGGGGCCUUCGUCCCUUCCGCCUUCAUUUCGCCCAGAAGAUGAGCUUGAGCACCUGACCAAAAAGAUGCUGUAUGACAUGGAAAAUCCACCCGCCGAUGAAUACUUUG